CCGUCCUGGACCAGGACGGUGGGCAGUAUAUAGUGAGCGGAGGCAGACUCCGGGCGGGCUUCAGGGGGACCGGCAGCACACGGCCAUGAACGACAUCAAGCUGGCCCUGCUGGGCAGCCAGGGGGCCGGGAAAUCAGCUGUCCUGGUCCGGUUCCUGACCAGGCGCUUCAUCGGGGAGUACGCCUCCAACGCCAAUUCGCUUUACAACAAAAGGCUGUCCAUCGACGGCAGGCAGCUGAAUCUGGAAGUUUUCGACCCCUGCUCUCAGGGCUCAGAGGUGAGGUGCAUCAUGGAGGAGCCGGUGGACUGGGCAGACGGAUUUGUGGUGGUGUACAACAUCAGCGACCGCACCUCCUUCAUCAACGCCAAAAGCAUUCUGCGGCAGAUCCGAGAGGCCCGCAUGGACAACUGCAAAGGGGAGACGGACGUCCCCGUGUGCCUGGUGGGUAAUAAGCAGGACCUGUGCCACGCCCGGCAGGUGCGUGAGGACGAGGGCCGCUGCCUGGCCCAGGAGAGCCGCUGCCACUUCCAGGAGGUGUCGGCGGCCGAGAGCCACCAGGACAUCUCCAACCUGUUCACGCAGCUCAUCCGGCAGGUGAUGGAGCACCUGAAGUACCGCGCCGACCGCAGACGCUACAGCGGCUCCAAGUCCAUGGCCAAACUCAUCAACAACGUGUUCGGCAAGAGGAGGAAAUCCGUGUGACGCGGGGGGCCGGAUGUGCUGGGAUAUUGCUUUUUGGUACGAAUCCAUACUAAAGGGAAACGGUUAAUCACAAAGGAGGAGAUACAGAUACAGACACUGACGCUUUGCUAAUGCGGUCAGUAUCAUGGAUGUUCGGACAGCAGGCUGGGAUCGCUCCUGUGCAUCCUCUCUAUUAGCUCUUCAUGUACAUACAUGCACCUGCUCAGGGGCCUACUGUACCCACUUUAAUCCAAACGAUGCCCCUUUGUUUGUGGACACGCAGGUUUCUCGAGAAGGCGACGUAAAAGCCACGAGAUGCAAUUCAGAAACUGUUACCAAACUUAUCUGCGAUCAAAUAUGUUUCGGAUUUCUUUCUUUUUUUAACUCUGACACUAGGAUUCAUGUGAGUUUUGGAGGAUUCACUUAAGAGAGUGGAUAGAUAACAGGUCGGACACCGAUACACCUGCCUGAAAAAGGUCAUUUUAAAUUGGUUUAAAUUAUCAAAAUAGUCUGCCUAAGACAGUGUCUUUCUUAGAACUCAGUUUGGCUCAAUGAGAGAAGACACCUAAAAAUCAUCUGUGUGAAUCCUGUUUGUGCUUGGAGAUGAGAAGUGGUUGGACCGGCUUGAGACUCAAUUUAAAUGGGGAAUGUCUGUGGAAAGUAAUCAGUGACACAGUUUCUUCUUAGCCAUCGUCUUUAAAGUGGUAUAUUCUGAAUAUUUUACGUUUUACAGCUGUUGCAUUCAGUACUGUCUAUCAAGGCUCUCGACUAAGUAUGUAACCUUUUCCAAGAUUUUUUCUUUGUUCUGUUGCUUGACUUUAUGCUUGGACCUUUUUCAUGUAGUUAAACAGUUCUAAUUAUGUUGCUGGUCAAAGCAAAGCAGGCUAGUGCAUUAAUACACAGGAUAAGAGGCAUUAAAAGACAUAUUUUGCUUCAUAAAAUUUAUGUUAAGACUUGUAUCAAACGAAUAUUAGACAAUUAUGCUAUAAAACUUUCCGAUUUAAGCCCACAACGUUUCAUAAAGUUGUUAGUCAUUUGCUGCAUGUUCCAGAAAAUGUCUAUGAGAGAGAGAAAAAGGAAAAUUCCAUGCCUUAUUCGGAGAGUGGGUUCUAUUAUUUGCUUCUUUCCGCUGUGAAUCAGUCAUAACUCGCAUAAAUAUUACCUGAAACAAUCACAGUAAUGGACUACACGCAGCGAUUCAUUAACAAAAGCAGAUUUGAAAGCAAACAGUGCCAGCCCGUAACACUUAACUUGAUUGGAAGUCAAGCCCCUGCAGCACACCCGGCUAAGGCGAAAAUGGUUUAUGCGGCCGUGUUCACCGGACAUAAAACCUGAAACAGCCCCGGGAGCUCUGAUUAGCUGUACACAGUCUGUCUGUCACCAGUUAGACCAUUUGAUAUGAUAACAGCAUGACCACAUACAUGGCUUACUAUUAGCCGUUGAUGGCUCAGUGACAGAAAAUUGUUCACAUCUGACCCUCUCUUGAAUCAAAUAUUUCUUUUGCAUGGCCCCAGACUCAUUACUGAAGUUGCAUAUGUUUUUCACUGCUGGCCAGAAAGAAAGCAAUCUGAUUCAAGUCUAUAAAAAGGGCUUAAUUUGAAUCUAAUACAAAAAGAAAAAAAAUACAUUUAUGUGACAGGGAGAAAAUAUGUGUAUUUUUAUGCAAUUCUUUUGGAAAACUUGUAAUUAUCCCAGAGUUAUGUCCCAUUUCUGUCCAACAGUCAGCAGGGAUUGGCUGGGAUAACCCUAACCCUCCUAGAGGAUGAAGCUAAAGGGUAUUUGGAAGCAUUAGUUUGUGGCAAGCUAGGGACGGAUUUUCUCUGAUAAAUUAUAAAUAUAGCGAAUAAUGAGGAGCCAACAACGCCACCUUGAAUUAUGAUCCAAUAAAAAUAAAAUGAAGGACACCAGUUCGUUCUGCCGGAAAGGAGACAAACUUCAGAAUAAACGUUUACCAUGUUUAUUGGACGGCACAUUUAAAAUGUUUCUCUAUCUGUAAUAUUCUGCAACAUAAACAGAUUAAAAAGACUAAACAAGUGUAUAAAAUGUAAACAUUUUUUUAAAUAAGAGGGGGAAAAUUAGGCUUACCCGUGUGGGGAGGAAGUCGUUAAGACCAAAUCCAGUUAGGAAACAGGAUCACCCAAAACAAACUAAAGAGGAGCCCCAAACAAAAAAAUUAAAAUAAAAAAUAAAAUAAAAAAGAAUCCGUCACCAAGGAUAACCACUGCCACACGAAGCCUUAAUUCCUGAAAAAACUAAAAAAGAAAAAGAAAAAAAGACAUAAAUAAACAAACAAACAAACAAAACAGCUCGUCGAUGUGGGCUCACGUGCGCUGGAUCCAGCCAAUCAGCAGCGCUAACACCGCGGCUCAAUCAGGAACAGGUGGACCUCUUUCCCACAGACAAACUAAAGCGGAAUCCCAGCUGGAUAACAGGCCGCUGGGGCCAUUCGAAGAAUACAAGCAGUUCAUUACAGCGCUAUCGUUUAAGCGGUUCAGUCAUAGAAAUACAGCCGUACCGUUUAGCCGGCAAAAAAGAAGGACGUUUACGUAAUGACGCAGCGUACGCCAGACAGGUAGAACGCGCUUGUAUAUAGCAGCUAAAAUUGGUAGCCUUAAAGUGGCAGUACCCCAUUUCUACUGCUGCUGGUAGCUGGGAAAUGCUGCAGAUGACUUGACUCAAUAAAUAGGUUAACAAAAAGUUUUCAAAGUUAUCCUUCUCCUCUGAUGUCAUAGUGUUUUACACAUUUUUUUUCAUUGGUUCUUUCUUGCAAUAAAAUUAGUGCAACGGACAAAACUAUCAACUCAGAUUGUACUUAUUUUUAGCCACACCUGUGAAGAGUAAAGCUGAUCAGAAUGUGGGGCAAAUGAAACAUAAAUCAGUGGUACCUUUUUUACAAUUUUCUUUAGUGUCCUUCUGAGUGUCUUCCUUUCCAAAUUGAAAACAAAAUGAGAGAAUACUCUUUAUUUUCACAGUUUUUGAUACAUUUUUGCCAAAAGGAUUUACAAAACAUUGUUUUUAUUUAGUUUUUUUCCUCUCAGGGCUUCAGAUAAAUUGUUUGUCUGGCUGGUUGUUAAACUUGUUUGAGAGCACUCGCUUUUAAUGCAGCAGAAUCAUAACCAGAACCAUGCAGAUUAUACACGUUGGUAUGAGUCUCUUUAACCUUGUUAAAGAGAUUCAUAGUGCGGAUCGACACUGUGUUGUGAAAAUGUGAAACCUUUCCUCAUGGUGUCAUCUGGAUUUGACCCUUCCAGCAUUGUUUUUCUGUCCUGCCGUUAAGUUUUAGUUUUGAGUCAUUUAAUGAGCUUUCCUUUUGAACUCUAUGGGCUGACUUUUGUGUAAUUCCCCUCUCACUUUUAGAGCCCCUGCUUCUGUACACUCCUUAACCUUUGUCAAUUUGACAAUUUGACAGUUUUGCAUUUUCUGACCUAAUGAAGUCAUUCUAAACCUUUAUUUUAGCCUCACUUUUUUGUAUUCAGAGCCUUUAUUGACUUUUUAUUACAUUUAAGUUUAGCAUGGAAGAUGUUAUUGUGUAAUAAUGUGGAUUAUAUAAUCUUGUAACAACUUUUUUUCAGGUUUUGUAGUAUAUUCUACUUUGUGUAUUGCGCAUGUAUUGUAUUCAUUACAAAAUGUGAUUGGUUAAAAAUAAAAACUAUAUCUUAAAUGUGAACCAAGACCACUUGAAAGCACCGCUAGCACAUACCAGUUAAGGACAUGAACUCAUGCAUUGCUUUGCUGUUUUUCUUCUCUGAACCAGUUAUGUCACUGUGAAACAGUACAGAAAGAAUGUUUUGCACCUCUUGACUCAAAAGUCCAUAUAUGCAGCAUCCUGUGGAUGAAUGUUACUGUUGUGAAUACUUUGAAAACAUUGGCUGUUCUAGAGGAAAUUAAACUCACACAGCUCAUAAUGAGGUGGUUGUUUUAGGUCUUCUAUACAAAUAGUAUGGCCUUAAGUUUCAUUUGAA